GAGCACAUUUCUUUUCAUUUUGAUGUUUCAUAGGGUAAUUUGUUUGUAAGACAAGAGUAGGAUGUUUUUAAGGUGGCAUUCCACUGAAGCUGAGGUAUUUAUUAUUUCCUCAAUCUAUUUUCAGAUUCAUCAUGGUUCAUUCUUCUCUCAUUUCAUUUGUAAGAUUAUCCUGUAGAUCAGGAAAAUUGACAUUUCAAGUGCGUUACCUGAAUGCCCUACCAAGACCUGGACACACAUGCUCGUCAACUCAGUUCCAGUGUAUAAAACCAUGGCUGCAUUUGCGGGGACAGCUGAUGCAGCCAUGUUUGCAUCACAGGACUUGCCCAUCCAGACAUUUGUCUUCCAAUCCAACUUCAGAGAGUACAUCUCCUCAAAAUGAACUCAAUGAGAAGCAGCAGGACAUUGGUGGUGGCUCAUGGCAAGAAAUAUAUGAGGGACUGCUAAGCACUCAAGUCAAGCUUAUCAAAGGCUUCUCUCUGGGCACCUCAGUCAUUGGGCUUUCUAUACAGCCUUUUGUUAUCACACACCUCGGAUCAAGCUUGAGCUUGGUUAUGUCAUUCAGUGCCCUCAUUGGCAUGUUUACUUUCAUCACUCCCGCCCUCAUACACUGGUUCACCAGGAAGUACGUCUUCAGAUUACACUACUACCCCGAGAAAGACAUCUACGCUGCUACCACGCUCUCGUUCUUCUUAAGAGAAAAGACUAUCGAAUUCAAACCCAGUGACGUGACCAUCCCGGAAAUCCCGAGCAUGUUUACUACUUUUCUGGUGAAGAACAAACCAUUGUUUGUGGAUGUGGACACCUUCAAGGACAUAGAACAUUAUGGGCGCAUCAUGGGCUACGAUAAACCUCUUAAUUUGAGAGUCGACCCUGACCACAAAAAGUUAUAAAAUUGGCGCUGCAAUUCUAUUCAUUAUGGUGCUCAUGCCAUCGUGGUCAUUGAGUUUGACUGCGUGUUGUUUGUUGGCCACUGUACCUUCUUGUAAAUAUACAUCUCUCAUCCAUAUUAAUCGGAAGUCUAACGUUAUUCAUCUUUCCACAUCACUGUUCGCUGAUCCAUAUAUGCAGUGCUAACGAUUUAAAUGAAAUCGUUUUAAUAACGUUGAACAAAUUGUUUCCGAUUUGUUGUGAGGAUUGAGUGACGUCCACAGACGAUGUCGCGCGAUGGCGUUGGUUCAGUAAGUGUUCCAAUAAAACUACCAUUCAACAAUAAAAAAAUAUACUAUAUGAAAAUUUAAAUUUAUAGACGAAUUGCUUAAAACAAUUUCAAUGAUCAAACAACCCAUUUUAGUUACGAUGUAUGAAAGCACAGUUAAAUAAUAACGAGUAAACGCCGACAUCAAGUACAAUUUUUAAAAUCGAUCGUUUAGGCUAAUAAACUGAUAACCAUAAAAUCCACAUUAUUAGCUAUUUCAACACGAUAUAUGGCACAUGGACAUUUUUAUCCUGCAGCUGACGCAUUAGUAUGUAGAAACGGAGUCUUAAUGAUACGGCAGCAUCCUCCAUUUGUUGCUAUUUACUUAUUGACGCGCCGAUAUGUUAAUGACAGAUGCAGGGGUUGGACAAGUAAGAGAAAGACCUGACAUUUAGAUAUCGUAAUUUUUAAACACGUUUUAAACUAUGAAAACGUGACGUGAUGAUCUGGUGCUAUUGCUUGAAAAUACGGCGGUCCAAUGAUUUCUCUUCAUGGAAUAAUCAACGGCCGUGACUAUCUACGAAUUCUGGAGUUCUAAGUUCAUCCAAUGGUUCGAUUUCAAGCACUGUUUCCGAAGGGCAACGCCAUCUUUUUUCAAGAUAGUAAUCCACACAGCUGGAAUUGUUAAAAAAAACUGACACUAGAAACAUUCUAAUGAAGUUGAGCAUCUCGUUUGGCCACCACAAUCACCAGACCUGAUUAUUAUCUGGCAUUUAUGGUUGAUUUUAGAGAUGAAAGUCAGAAAUCGAGUCCCUCCGCAAUCGUCUUUAAAGGAGUUGGAGGGAGUUUUAACCGAAGAAUGGGUUGGAAUUCCUUUGGAAACAAUUCAAAAUUUGUAUGAAUAAAUACCUCGGGGCACUGAGGCUGUAAUAGCCGCAAAAGGUGGAUCCACACCAUACUGAAAUAUAUUUUGUGGAUUUUUCAGGUU